AGGCUUCCCUCAACUUUCUUUGGAGAACGUCUUGAUUCUUUGAUCAUAUGGUAAAGAACAGGUGGAGAAAUAAAUUUGUAAACAGCCAUUUCUGAAGUAAGCAACAAAUAAAUAAGGUAAAAAAAAAAAAAAAAGAGGAGGACAACACUUCACAAACCGACAUCAAUACAAAGGCAGAGCCAGCCCAGACCACCUUCAACCCACCAUCUAAAUCCUCUCUUUCUCUUUCAUUCACUGUUAUUUUUGUCUAGAUAUUCUCCCAUUCUCACUCUCUUCAACGCUCUCUGCUCUCUCGAUCUCUUUCUCUUUCGCCCUCUGCAACAAACCUUUCUUUCAGCUUAUUUAGUUACUUCAAUGGCGGUUUUAGUGCUUGUAGUUCUCAUUCUUGGCAUCGCUGGCCGUUCCAGUGCCAAUUGGUGUGUUUGCAAGGACGGUGGAAGCGACGCCGCAUUGCAGAAGACAUUGGACUAUGCUUGCGGCGCUGGAGCCGACUGUAACCCUAUAAAAUCAAACGGCGCGUGUUACAACCCCAACACUGUGAAGGCUCACUGCAAUUACGCCGUUAACAGCUAUUUCCAGAAGAAGGGUCAAGCUCAAGGCACCUGUGACUUCUCUGGAACUGCCACUGUCACUACAACUGAUCCCAGCACUAAUGGCUGCCAAUACCCUGCUAGCGCCAGCACAGUGACUCCAACAACACCUUACACAUCAAAUACCCCAACCACCACCACCACCACCACCACCACUCCAUACACCGCAACACCUUCAAAUGGAAUAAUAGGAGUUGGCUCGGGUUUAGGCCCUUCCAGCAUUGACAAAGACUACAGUCAUGGCGGGUCGAGACUCGCGAACUCUGCCUUGUUGUAUUCAGCUAUCCUCCUUUUUUCUGGCAUAAUCCUUAUGUGGGGUUAAAAGAAUCCGGGAAGUUCAGUCUUCAGCUGGCUUUCAAUGUGCAUAUGUAAGUGGGUGUGCUUGUGUUUUUUUUGUUAAUUAUUAAAAGACUUGUUUUAGCCAAGUUUUUGUUCUUUCUUCUCCCCCUUCUACUGGGCAAAGGGGAUGAGCCAUUUAUUCCUUUUAGCAUGUGGAGGUUCUGUUUUGUGCUUCUCUUUCAUGAUUUGUGUACAUCUAGAUCUAGAAAGCAGCUAUUUAUCAUCUCAUAUUUAUUAAGAGUUUAAGAUUUAUGUUGCUCUUA